AAUAUAAUUGUUUGCUUUUCUAAAAGGUUUGCAAAGUUGCUCGAUUCCUGGGUAGACAAAGUUUUGGCAGUACAUAACACUCACAAAAAGGAUCUCGAUUGACUGCCCUGGAGUUGUUUACCAGAACAGUGACUCUGAAACAAAUAUUGUACUGAAGGGUAUGCCAUGUUCGAUCAGCUAAUUGCCUGCACUUUCUUCUGCCCUUCACAAUAGUGACUAGUGAGGCAAUGGUAUGUUUAACUUAUUGUUGUUUCUCAAAGCAACUACAGCAAGAAUUGAGUACCUAGUUCGCUGGAGAAAAGGAAAUCCUGUGGAAUUUCUAGUGAUAAUUUAUAUAUAAACAAACCUAAAGAAAGCUUUCUAUUGCCAUAGCCUUAAGAGAGCUGAAAAAUUAAGGAUCUUUUGUGUAUCAUACUACAUAAUAUUUAGCAUUAUCAGUUCCAAUGUGUACAAUAAAUACUAAAAUGCCUGCAAGAGUUAAUAUUUCAUGUGAGAAUAUAUAUUAGAACAUCAUCUAAGUUAAUGCUUGCGCAUCCACUACUUUAAACUCUUAGAACUAUUCAAAUAAUUACAAAUGUUGUUAUAACCUGUGUGCACAAAUGUUAAAGCAUUCAUUUUACAAAUUCAACAUUUCUAUCUUUAGUUUGGUUUUCCAAACAUGGACAUGUGAGAAAUAUUAUCCGCCUAGACCAAAACUUAACUUUGACUUGUUCAAAGGACAAACAAGGUGAAUGACAGUUAGUAACAACUGUAUAUUCUACCAGUCUAUCAAUCUACUAGGUAUUUGAAUGUAGAUUAUUUUGCCUUACUUGGAUCCCCAUCUGUGUUGCCUUUUCAAUUGUAAAUUAUUACUGAAGUAUAUGCUUCUAUGAAUGGUCAAUCUCUAGGGUGGUGAACCAGAGAUGAUGAUUGCAACAAAGAUGGUCCUCCAUGACUGGCAAAUGAAAGAUGCAGAUUGCUCUUUCUUGUUCCUCCCUCAUCAAUGGGAGGAUGGCUUGUUAGAAUCACAUACUAUGCAUGGAAUAGAUAAAGAGAUGGUGGCUAAUGAUAGUCAAGCGUACCUGCAGCAUCACGUGAAGCCAUCACAAAUGUAAUCUCAUCCCAGUAGCAAAGAAGUUUACCAGUACAAAGGGAUCUCUAUUCUCUUUAGUGAGAAAGAACUAAAUGAUGAGACAGCCAACGAAGUCCCUAAAUGAUGAUGAAACUGGAGAUCAAAAAAGGCUAAUGAGAGGGAGAUGCCAAGUUCCAGCAACUGGGCUAGACGUAAGCUUGGAAGAAAACAUGGCUCUCUUUUUGUAGUUAGGAAUUAUUGUUUUCACAUCCAGCAUAUUUUUGUUCUUCCAAGAUGAUGAGUUCUAGUUAUUUAUUAUGUAAAAUUAUCCCUGAAUAUUCUAGGAUUUGAUCCAUGGAGGCAUGGAGUGACAGUUAGUAGGAUACACAUGGAAAGAUGAAUCAACAUUCAGAAACAGGGUGGCCCAAGUAAUGAAAAAAAUCAUUCAAGUUUUUCCCAUGAUGGUUGAGCUGUUCUCAUCAUCACUUGGCACUUCUAAUCAUCUCAGUCAAAUCAAGUAACUGCUUUGGUCCAAUGAAACAAUGGAAUGCACCUAUGAAAUGAAAUGAAGUGUGUAUUUUUUGUUCUCAUCAUUCUAGCACAAAUUAGACCAG